AGUGAGAAAAUGAGUGACAUGCAAAAACUUCACUCUCACUAUCGCUCGAUGGAAGAUUUAUACUGCUAUCGCUUACAAUGUAGUGCGUGAUUGUGUGUGCGUGCGUCGUUAAUCACAUUUAUCAAUUUCAUAGGUUUUCGUUGGGAAUUUUUCUAUUGACUACAAGAAAGAAUCUAAACAACAACAACAACAACAAUGUAUUAGUUCCGAUCACAGCAAAUACAAGGCACACAGUCGAAAUUGAAACAUAAACUAAUGCAACAGCGGAUACACUCAAAUCAGAGCAUAGCGAACAAGCGGCAUAAGUAAUAAGUGUAGCAAACAAGCAAUAAAUUUAUAUAAAUUUUUUUCUUCCUUUCAUUCUUGGUUAAGUGUCACUUAUCUCAACAACAGUGUUUUUCUUGUUGUGUUUUAUUUAUUGGUACACAAAAGUUGUGCGAUGUUAUCGUGUCUUAAGUCAAUUUAAAGAAUCAGAAAAAAUUAUGUUCGAUUGUUAGUGCAUCGUUUGUGCACAGCGGAGAAGGACGUACUAUUUUAAUCUUCCGAAUCUUUGUAACUGAAACAUUGUUUGAGACAGAAGAGAAAAAAAAAACAGAAGAAAAUAUAGCAUAGUCAAAACAAACCAAGUGUGUUCAAUUCCUAAGACUGAAAAAAUGAUGCGCUUAGAACGUGCGAUUUGUUUAUUUCUUACGCUGCAAAUAGCUUGGGGCAAUAGCAUAACAGAAGGUUUUGAAUCGUUUUUUGCCUACACCAAUCCAAGAGCAUCGGUAGAUGUUCAGGCGGCUGCCGCAUUGGGCGUCAUCAAUCGAACGGUACCAUCGCAUGUGCAUCUGUUUGAGGUAAAAAUUGACACCGAGUUACCGUUGAACACAUUCCAACUGUUUAAAAGCACGGCUGACGACAUCGUACAAAUCAAAGCGACGUCGGGUGUGAUUGCGUGCAAAGGAUUUUAUCAUUAUUUGAAAUUCUAUUGCAAUAGUCAUGUUUCUUGGGAUGGAAAUCGCAUUAAAAUGCCCAAUCAAUUACCGGACGUCAAUGUGACCGAAACAUCACCGAGUCGUUUUAUUUACUAUCAAAAUGUAUGCACUUGGUCGUAUUCAUUCGUGUGGUGGCAAUGGAAGGAUUGGCAACGGCACAUCGAUUGGAUGGCCAUGCAGGGUAUUACAUUAUCAUUGGCACCGGUACAAGAAUGGGUUUGGACGCGUGUUUACACCGAAUUAGGAUUAACCAAAGAUGAGAUUGAUGAUCAUUUUGCGGGACCCGGAUUCUUUGCAUGGCAACGGAUGGGGAAUAUGCGCGGAUUUGCAGGCCCACUAUCGAAAUCAUUUAAACUUUGGUCGUCGACACUGCAAAAGCAAUUGAUUUCAUCAUUUCGCAAUUUGGGCAUGGCAUUUGCACUGCCUGCUUUUGCCGGCCAUGUACCACAAUCAUUCCGACGCAUUUUUCCAAACGCAACCUACACACCAAUGACACAAUGGAAUCGAUUUCCACCGGAAUUUUGCUGUCCACUCUUCAUUGAUCCAUUGGAUCCGCUGUUUAAAAAAGUUGGCAAACUAUUUUUGAGCAAAGUGAUUGAGGAAUAUGGCGAAGGCAAUCACAUUUAUUUCAGUGAUCCAUUCAAUGAAAUGGGCCCAUCAAACAUAACCACUGAAUACAUUUUUCAAGUGUCACAAACGAUUUACGGAACAAUGAAAGAGGUUGACUCAAAUGCUAUUUGGCUACUUCAAGGAUGGUUCUUCUUAAAUCCACUGUGGAAUAGUGAUUUAGUUAAAGCAUUUUUAACGGCCGUGCCAAUUGGUCGAAUUCUUGUUCUUGAUCUUCAUGCUGAUAUCCAUCCACAGUACAUUCGAACGCUCUCUUUCCAUGGCCAACCGUUCAUUUGGUGCAUGCUACACAAUUUUGGUGGCACACUCGGUAUGCACGGCAAUUUCGAUAUUGUUAAUCAGGAGAUAAUAAAGGCGAAAAAAUUCCAUGACUCAUCAAUGGUUGGCGUUGGCAUCACACCCGAAGGUAUCAAUCAAAACUAUGCGAUGUAUGAAUUUGCUCUAGCUAGAGCCUGGUAUCAAAAUCCCACCGAUGUUCCGAAAUGGAUAAACGAAUACACAUUCAGUCGAUAUGGCAUUAAAAAUGAGCACAUUGAGGCUGCAUGGAAGAUACUUAAGGACACCGUUUAUUCAUACAAUGGGCCAUCAAACCAUGGGAAAUAUGUUGUAUGUCGACGACCAUCGAUAAAUCUUUCACCUUACGCUUGGUAUAACUUAACGCUGAUUGAUGAUGUUCUGGAUGAGCUCUUAAAAACACAAACCGAUUUAAUAGUUGACAAUGAAUUGUUCAAACAUGAUCUCGUCGAUGUUACGCGCCAGUUUUUGCAGAACAAAAUUGAGUUGCUGUAUCCUCAAAUUAAAAUCGCAUUCACUGCAAAAGAUCUGGUUCAAUUAAAAAAAGUUCAAACCACCUUCGAGUCGAUUCUGACAGAUUUGGAUGAAAUUUUGCAAUCAAAUGAGCAUUUUCUGCUCGGAAAGUGGAUAAAAAGUGCCAGAGCGAUUGCAACAAAUCAACUGGAAGAAUUUUUGUACGAAUAUAAUGCACGAAAUCAGAUAACAACAUGGGGACCAAAUGGACAAAUUGUUGAUUAUGCAUAUAAACAAUGGGCUGGAAUUGUACGUGAUUACUGCCUGCCACGUUGGCAAGUGCUAUUCUUCGAGCUGGCCGAUAGUAUUGAAAAUAAAAAUGGAAAAUUUAGCGAUAGCAAAUGUCGACAGAAGAUUUUCAAACAAGUCGAAGAACCAUUCACCGUCGCCCAUGGCGAAUAUAGGGACGAAGCCGAUGGAGACACCAUUGCCAUUGCCCGAAAAAUAUUUCAAAAAUAUAGAGGAUCACAAUAAGCUAUGUUAAAAUGACUGUAUUCAUAUGGUUUGUUGUUCUGUUCUCGUUUUACACUUUAUCAAAAUUGAUUCAUUUAUAUUUGGGAUACUUGUCUGCACACCAAAUAAAACGACCCAAAAAGCAAUGUGACAUAGAAA